GAGAGAGAGAGAGAGGAGGAGAGAGAGGGAGAGAAAGUGAGCUCACGUUCACACAUUGGUAAAGAGGCUGGUCUUGCAAUGCCUUUGAAUAUUUUACUUUUAGUCAGUUUCCCAUCAGAGUCAGAGUCAUACAUGCACACACUGAGCUGAAGCAAACUACAGCAAUGGACAGCACUAGAAGAUUUGAAAUCUAAUCACAUGCAUUAUACCUCUUGGAUAUAUUUUUAAUCACACACACACACACACACACACACACACACUUCUACAUAUAUAUAUAGAUAAAUAGAUACAGAUAUAGACAGCGACAAUCUCAUCCACACCACCUCCAAACAAACACCUUUUUCUUUUCUCAGAGGAUACACAUACACACACAUCUCUCUUUAUCUCCUCCUGGCUUCCUGGAGGAUUGUGCCGGCUGUUUUUCAUGGAGAAAGUCCAGGGAGAAAUGGAGAUUGAGAGAUGGGAAAGGAGCGAAGAGCUGUCAGAUGCCGAGAAAAAGGUGAUUCAAGAGACCUGGAGCAGAGUGUACAUGAACUGCGAGGAUGUUGGGGUCUCCAUACUGAUCAGGUUUUUUGUCAAAUUCCCGUCUGCCAAGCAGUACUUCAGUCAAUUCAAGCACAUGGAGGACCCCCUGGAGAUGGAGAGGACCCCACAGCUGCGCAAGCAUGCCCGGCGGGUCAUGGGCGCUGUUAACACCGUAGUGGAGAACAUCAACGACUCCGAAAAGGUCUCAUCUGUUCUGGCCCUGGUGGGCAAGGCCCAUGCCCUCAAGCACAAAGUGGAGCCUGUCUACUUCAAGUUCUUCACCGGCGUCAUGCUGGAGGUCAUUGCAGAAGAAUAUGCCAACGACUUCACCCCAGAGGUGCAGAGAGCCUGGACCAAGGUGAAGAGCCUCAUCUACACCCACGUGACUGCCGCGUACAAGGAGGUGGGCUGGGUGCAGUAUCCAAACUCCACCAUGUGAGCGGACACAGGGGCAGGGGAGGGGCGGGGAGGGACAGGCAACAAGACUUCACUAUGGUCUUCCCUCCAGAGCCUCACUGAGCUCAGCAGCCUGGUAGGGUUAGCGCUGUAACAGCAGAGUACAAAUUUUAUCUCCCCGUGGCAAAAAAAGAGGGUGGGGAGUUGCAGGGGGUGGGAAUGGGGAAUCAUUUCGCUUGGUGGCCCCGUCUUGUUCCAGAGGCCAGUAAAUUAUCGACCUCCCCAAACCCAGAGCCUGGCUUUGAUUUGAUCCCUAAGAACUGCAUUGGCUCAAAUUCUGCGGUGAGCCAGAGACAUACAGCCCGAAUUUACUGAAGAAUUAAAAGCCCAUCCUAACCUCCUACAGUCUGCAGUGCCCCCAGCCAUCAUGGGCUCCAUACGCAUGGGGUUUGUGAUUUAUCAGGGUCAUGUCCUGCUCUCCUGUCUGGUUUGCAAAGGAAACACGUAACUGUUGCAUUUUUAAAAGAAAAAGAACCCAGCUGGUAAGAAUCCAGCCCGGAAUUAGUGUGGGAUGCAGAGAACCUCCCACUAAACUAUACAUCCCCGGUACAGGAGCAGCCCAACCAGUCGCCCAUCCUCACCCCAUCCUGAGACAGCAGUAUUUCACUGGCACAGAAACCCUUCUCCAUGGCCAUCUGUUGCCCGUAGUACUGGAGGCUCGGCCC